UGUCACCUCGAAAGCAUCACAACCACUUCCGGCUUUCCCCAAGCAACAGUUCGAGCAACAAUGUCAGCUAAAUACGCCCUGAUCUUCGCCUUGGCGGCCCUCUGCUGCCUGGUGGUCUCCAGCGAGGCGGCGGCCCAGCGCAGCCGCGUCCUGAGCACUCGCCGCGGCUCCGAGCUGGUCGAGAAGACCACCGACGGUGAGAAGGACUCCGAGCUGGCUGCCCAGGAACAGGAACUAGAGCGCCAGGAGCAGGAGCAAGAGGAAAGCGAACUGGAGGGACGCAGCGAAGAUGGUGCCGCCACUGAGAACAAGCAGGAGAAGGACACCACCACCAACGACAAGGACACCAUUGUGCGACCCAACAAGGAUGACGCCCGUGCCCGCCGCAUCAUCCGUGCCGGUCGCCGUCGCCGAGGUGGUCGCCGGGGAGGUCGCCGUGGGGGCCGCAAGACCCGCCGCUCUGGACGUCGCGGUGGACGCAGGCGCGGCGGUCGUCGUGGUCGUGCUGGUGCUCGUCGCCGCACCUCCGUGAGGAGGCGCAACGGCAAGGGCAAGGCUUAAGAACUUAUCCUUCCUCGCCGAAGCUAACACUCUGAUCCACCACUUCGAUACAAAGCUGUAAUAUACGAUCUACUGAUUCUCCAAAAAUAAAUAUAAUUAUGAAACA